CACACUUCCUGUCUUCUUCCUUCGUGUAGCAUAACAAUGGCGUCCCGCAGUGAGGUAUCUGCUACAGUCACUGAAGAGGAAACGACUGAUACUCCUGCGUCCCAGAAGAGAGAAGCAAGACUACGACAAUUUCGAGAGUUACAUUUCAAACGGAAUGAAGCACGUAAGCUUAAUCACCAGGAGGUUGUGGAGGAGGACAAGAGACUGAAACUCCCUUCCAACUGGGAGGCUAAGAAAGCUCGACUGGAGUGGGAGCUUACUGAAGAUCAAAAGAAAAAGGAAUGUGCUGACAGAGGGGAGGACUAUGACAGAGUGAAAUUGCUGGAGAUUACUGCUGAUGAUGCAGAGCGGUGGGAGAGGAAGAAAAAGAAGAAGAACCCAGACACAGGAUUUGCAGGUUAUGCUGAGGCCCAAUUCCGACAGUACCAGAGGCUUACAAAGCAGAUCAGACCAGACUUAGAGGGCUAUGAGAGACAGCGGGAGGAAUGUGGUGAGGACUUUUACCCUACGUCCAACAGCCUGAUCCACGGGACACACGUCCCCACAAAGGAAGGAAUUGACCGCAUGGUGGAAGAUGUUGAGAAACAGAUCGAGAAGCGGGCCAAGUACAGCCGACGCAGGGCCUACAACGACGACGCAGACAUCGACUACAUCAACGAGAGGAAUGCCAAGUUCAACAAGAAGGCGGAGCGUUUCUACGGCAAAUACACAGCGGAGAUCAAACAAAACUUGGAGAGAGGCACGGCUGUCUAGUCAGUCCAGUCACCUCAGUGGACAUGUUCACUGCUUCAGUUUUCCAGAGUCUUGGGUGAAGCUUUUUCUUCUCUAUACUUUCUACAUAGCAGGAGUACAUGUUCACAAAAUGCUAAAAUAGCCAGUGUAUUGUAAGGCAGUUCCUCAGACAUCUUAUAUCAUGCUGGGGUUAUUUUGUGCUCAAAGAAAAUUCAAUUAUCUGUAAGAUAUGUAAUGUGUGGUGUUUCUUUGUACAGUAUUAGAAGUUAAAACAACACUUUUUUAUGAGUGUUCUUAUCCUUAUUUUUAAAUAAACCACUUCCAAUUAUCCA